GCCUUUGGGUUGAAUGUGAAUCGGUCAAAAGUGUUUGAUAUAAAUAUUUAUGUGUAUUCUUAGCACUACCUGUGAAGAACGGUGUGUUGCUGGAGCGCCACACGCCUCCCGAUGUGUGCCAGUGCCAGUUAUUGUCACAGCUAUAGGCUUUUUUCUCCUCUGCUCCUCUCGACGCGCAUUGGACGGCUGUCAGUGCAUACAGGCUCCACUGAAACUGUAGCCUACUGCCCGUCUACAUAAACAUCGAAAGAUGAAGGCUUGAAACCGGACUUUCGCACAAAAUUUGAGCCACUUGGUGCCAAAGUGUAAUUGCAAGUGGCAGCUUGAGUAUUUGGCUCCGGGAUCAGAGCUCUGCGCGCUCUGCCGUGGCUGCUGCUGCUGCUGGAGUUGCGCUCAGGACUGCCUGGGUGUGGAUGGAAGCUAAUCUGCGUUGCAGUGUGAACUUAUUUACUUUUAUAUAUAAGGCUAUUUCAUACACGAUGCCGGCUGGGAGCUGCUUCUGCUCGUCCCCAAGUGUCGGACUUUACGCACUGCAUGGUAGCCAACUUCUGGUGCCUGGUAAUGCGGAGGAUACAGAGCAGAGAAACUGACCAACUGAGGACGAGGGAUUGACAACGUUUGCUGAUUUUGGAGGAAACUGUUUCGGAGCUCAUUGAGAGUCACUGUGAUGAUGAAUCACAACAGACGUCUCACCCCGGGUUUACGCAUUUUAUCAGGCGUCUAAGCGUCUUUCUCUCCCCAAAAUGCUUCAAGGAGUGAUGCAAAGCUGCGCGCAAGUUCCCUCUCUUCAGUUCUUGAAUUUUGCAGACAAAAACAAGUAGACAAGACACGAGUGAAAGGGCUUUCAGAAUUGUUUUGCGCGCGCACUAUGAUUUUUUAGCGUUUGCAAAUGACUGGACGAGGCAUGACAUUUUUACCAGAGAAUAUGCUUUUUCAUUUUUUAAUAACGAUGCAUUUUUUCCAUUGAAUUAAGCCAGUUCGGCUUCCAUACAAUUUUGUGGGGGAUUCUUGUUUGCCUAACGGCUCAAAGAAACAUGUUGCAUAUCCUUGCGCUUCAGUCAGCGGUGUUACUUUUUGGAGUAGCCGACUGUCGAGUCUUAGAGGGAUUACAGAGAUAUUCCUCCAUCCCCACAUACCUGCCGGUCAACUACCAGGUGCUCAACGCAGACUUGGCGUUCUUCCUGAAGGAAGCCAACCAGGACUUCAUGAGGAACUCUAGCCUGAUGUCACGAACUGAGCCCUUCUUCAUAUACCAGGCCAGAAGUUUGCCCUCCAUGAACACUAGCUAUGGGCCGUUCUCUGUGGAGCAGCCUGUCCCUUUAGAGCUCCUACAGAGCCCGGGGACGUUUCCCGCUUCGUCUGUUUUUACCUUCAACUGGAAGGUUCAGACCUUUAUCAUGAAUACCAGGAUUCACUUGGCCAAGCCCAAAGUCCAGGUGCUGUUUUAUGUCGCAGGCAGGGACUGGGACGACUACAGUACCAUUGACAAGCUGCCCUGCGUGCACAUGUUUGCUUUCCAUGAGACCCAGGAGGUGCGUGGCACUUGCCAGCUGAAGGGGGGGCUGGGGCUGUGCGUGGCUGAGCUGGAGCCCUUGGCCAGCUGGUUCAGCCCACCCAGCGUGGUGCCGGGACGCCAGAGGAACCUCGAAGUCUCUGAGGGCACGCCAGUGGAGCUCUACUACAUGCUGCAGUCCACAGAAGCAGGGGAGUGCCACUCAGAGGAGGCCAGGAAGGACAACUUCAUCCGCUCAAGCCAGGAAGGGUUGUUUGGUUCGUACACCUCCACACCGCUGCGGAGGAUCGGUGGCGUGAGGCUCUACCAGAACCCCACUCCGCCACCCCUCGCUGAACACAGGCUGGAUAAUAACUUUAUGGUCAUGGUGCCUGCCACACCCAUGAGACAGAGGGAAACUGUCUCUGCUUUUAUCACUGUGUCAGCCUACUCUCCUGUGGAGAUGUUUACUCUCAGAGUGAAGUUGAAAGAGGGAGUGACGUUUCUCGGGGCUCGUCCCAGCAAUCCUACUCAGUGGAUAGUUAGCCAGGAUGUGAGGAGUGAAGGCCAUCGAGUGGUGACUCUCCACUGCCGCAGGAAGGAGUCCGGCUAUGAUCAGCAAAGGUCUGAGAUGGGAGUUCAGAGGGUGCUCCAGGUGGAUCUGAAAAUGGAAAGCUUUCCAGAGCCGCUGGGCAGCCGCUGGAUGGCCUGGCAGGUGGAGUACCCGGCCAGUCGUGCCGCCACACAAGAGGCUGAGACGGAGAUCCAACUGGCGCAGGAAGACCUGGCGGGCAUCGUGCCCCUGGCCAUGGACUCAGAGAUUUUAAACACAGCUGUGUUGACUGGGAAGACAGUGGCUGUUCCAGUAAAGGUUGUGACCAUUGGAAUAGACGCCUCUGUUACCGAUGUCUCUGAAGCGGUCAAGUGUCGCUCUACGGACGAAGAUGUGGUCAAGGUGUCAGACAGGUGCGACUAUGUAUUUGUGAAUGGCAAGGAGAUGAAGGGCAAGGUGAAGAUGAUGGUGAACUUCACCUACGGAUACCUGAGCGCUCAGUUGGAGCUCAACGUGUGGAUCCCUCGGCUCCCCCUCCAGAUUGAGGUGUCAGACACGGAGCUGAGCCAGAUCAAAGGGUGGAGGGUUCCCAUCAUGGCCACCAGCCAGAGGUCCACACGGGACAGUGAGGACGAGGAUGAUGAGGACAGACGAGGACGGAGCUGCACCCUGCAAUACCAGCACGCCAUGGUCAGAGUCCUGACCCAUUUUGUAGCAGAGUCAGCUGAUCCCCGAGGCCAGACCAGCUUCAUGCUGGGCACUGAUUGGCAGGUGGAUAUCACAGAGCUGGUCUGGGACUUCCUGAAGGUGGAGGACUCCCAGAUUGCACAGCUAUUGGACAGAAGGAUACUGGUGGGACUGGACAUGGGGAUGACCACUAUCCAGGUGUUGUCUCCUUUGUCAGACUCAAUCCUGGCAGAGAAGACUAUCACAGUGGUGGAUGACAAAGUGACCAUCACAGAGUUGGGGGUCCAGCUGGUGACGGGCCUCUCCAUGAGCCUGCAGCUCAGUCCAGGAAGCAACAGAGCCAUCCUGGCUACCACGACCACACAGGAGAUUCUGCAAAGCCCCAAACAGGAGGCCUUGAUCAGCGCCUGGCUCCAGUUCAGCGAUGGCUCCGUGGCUCCUCUAGACCUGUAUAAUCCUGACUUCUUUGUCCUGACGGCCACCUCCCUAGAUGAGGAGAUAGUGACAGUGCAGCAGAACCCUUCAUGGAAAUGGCCUGUCAUCGUGACAGAGGCGGAGGGCCAAGGCCUGCUGGUCAGGGUGGAAAUGACUGUCUGCGAGGUCUGCCAGAAGUUCAAGCGCCGCAGUAUCCUGGCAGCGGGGAACUGCAACGUCAGGGUGAAGUUUGGUCACAGUGACAGCUCAAGGGGAGGUAGCAGCGACUAUGGCCCCGAUGGAGACGAUAUGGAGAACAGAGGCAGGCUCUCCCCAUCUCAGGAUAGGACCGGCCCUGACACCCACUACUACGGCAGCUCCAUCUCUGACAUGGAGGAUGGGGUGUUGAGGAGAGCCACCACCACUAGAAGCGCAAUAAUGCGCAGACCCAAUGGGGAUAAACUUUCAGACGAUGGUAGCCAGAACAUGCCGAUUGACUUUGCUGACUUUCCUGCACAAGUGGACCUCCCCCGUGGCCGCAAUAUAGACGAUGACCUCAUUCAGACAGCUCGUGGGCUCACAGACCUGGAGAUCGGCAUGUACGCCCUGCUGGGCGUCUUCUGCCUCGCCAUCCUUGUAUUCCUCAUCAACUGCAUCUCCUAUACUCUGAAAUACCGUCACAAGGAGCUCUCAAUCGAGGGCCAGGAGAGCAUGAAUCACGCUCAUGAUUGGGUGUGGCUGGGGAAUGAGGCAGAGCUGCUAGAGAGCCAAAUCAGCCUGUCGCCCCAGCAGGAGGAACAGACUUCCAUGAUGGACUCCAGCAGUGGGCUCGAGGAGGGCAGCCACUUGCUGAACGGAGGUUCGGCCCAGAAGAAUGUGCAGGGCCAAGUCCACCGGGCGGCAGACUCAGGGUGCAUAGCCAAGGACAGCAAAGGGGACUCACCCACCACCAAGAGGAAGAGAGUCAAGUUCACCACGUUCACCACCAUCCCCUCAGACAGUAGCUACCCCACAGUUAACACACUGACUGGAAGCCACAGCCAGGACAUUAAGUGGGUGUGCCAAGACGUGGAGCUGGGAGACUCCAAGGAGUUGCGCAAUUACAUGGAAAGGUUAAAUGACAGUGCUUUAAAAGAGGUGGCAUAAUGUACUGUGUGCACUUGUAACAAACUCACCCUUAUGCCUUUCAGAGGAAAAUGGGUCUGGACAGAAACCGGACCCAGAAAUUGACUUCACCCCAAACUGCCAAAGGGUCAUUAAAUUAAAGAGGAUUAUCAUGAUUCCACAAGUGGAUAAAUAUGUCAAUAAAUGAGGACGUCAGUUGGUCCUUUUUUUCAUUUGUUUAUCAGAUGAUUACCUUUUUAUCAUCAUUUUAUUACUACAGGGUUUAGAUAGAAUGAUCCCAGGACUGAUCUGCAGCAACUACAACCUGUAAUAUUCAGACAACAUGUAGAUUUUAAAACCAACAGUAACCUGACUAGAUAGAUGUCCCGAAUGUGUGUGCAAAUUAAAUGGUUUUGGAAGUUUUGUAACAUUUUGGAUAUUAAUUUCUUUCGCCAGAUCCUUAUUCUGUGGAAGAGUUCUGGAAAGGCCAAAGCAAGCAACAAGAAAUUUCUGCAUGUCGAUGGGGAAAAAAAAAAAAAAAAAAAAAAGGCACAACUUUCCGGUUCAUUCUCAUCCUCUUUAACACGGCAGAAGACCUGUUAUGUAUAUACCGAACAGUCUCCAAAGCAUUGUAUUGUUGCUCUGUAUAUUGUAUUUUCAUAACAUUUAAGAAAUACACAACAAUGUGAAGAGCGUGUAUCAGCUUUUAUUGACCGCAGCAUCACAAGGCCAUUCAUUUCUUAAACUCUGAGGUCAGCUGAGGAUUGUGGUUCAGGAAGGGGAGCCAAUUACACAUUCAUCUUUGUUAAGAGGAUUUUAUGAGAUGUAAUUUACACACAGGCCGCAACACAAGCUGCUCCCCUUUAGUGCUGGCCGGUGGAGGAAGGCAGCAGCCAUUAAUACCCUCAUCUCAUCCAUUAGAACUCAGUACCCUAACAUGACAGCCAGAAGGCGCUUUUAAACUAGAACGCUGGACAACAUGGUAAUGUGACAUUUCCUACUACCACUCCCCAGUUUAAAGUUUUGUAAGCUUUGAAGAAAAUGCCAAUUAAGGUCUCGUUAACCUCUGCCCCAUAGCCUCCAGGAAAAGCAUACUGAUGGACAAACUGGGAUGAAAUGUGUUCUCCAUCUCUCGGGGAGAGUUUGGAUACAAAAAGAUAAUUACAGGCAAGGUGGGAAAUGUUUUCUUUUUGGAAAUGGAUCUUUUAUUAUUCAGAUAAUUGCACAAAUAAUAAUCAUCUCUGAAAACUUCCUAAACAAAGGCAGUCGGCUGAAAAAUUGCAUUUUGCUCAGUGAAUGUUAUUAUCAUCACAGUGGUGUUGGCUGAUUGCGUUUUUUGUGUUAUUAUUUUCCAUCAAGCAGAGAAAUGUUCACAUUAUGUUAACUGUUGUUGCAGCGUGGAUCAGACUGUUAAUCAGCAACACUCACGAUAUCAGCUCGAAAGAAGGGAGGUGAGAUACUUAAGCAAAUGGUAGCACUACCUUGAGUGUAAUUAGAGGAUGCCAUUUAGAUUAUGUCAACAGUCAGCACUGAAUGAAACCCCUCCAGACACCUGUAUGAAACUUUAGUGGCUGUUGCUACUUUUAUUUAUCAGUUCAAGAAGCUUGUGUACUGAUUCUCUUUCUACUUCUGCGGUGCUGCUGUUAAUCCACUGCAUGCUGAUCCAAGACACUGGCCGGACACCACCACAACAACAACAACAACAACAAAAACAACAAAUAGAUUCCAAAUAAAAAAAGAUAAGCCAUGAUGAGCUGUAAGAUAAUUAAGAAAUAGGUCUGUUAGUUAGAUGAUACCAAUCACUUUAUUGUACAGUAGGCCUAAUAUAGAGCUACAGCUAGCUGCUGGUUAGCUUAGCUUAGCUUAAACACUGGAAACAAGGGAAAGCAGCUAACCUGGCUCUGUCCAAAGGUAACAAAAUGAACCUUUACUAAUACUUCAUAUCUUGUUUAUUCAAUUCAUUAUUCAAACGUUACAAAAUGAGCUUUAUUCUUUUGUAGUGUUUUCAGCUGUGAAACAGAACAUGUACCCAUGUACUUAAGAACAUUCCCCUGGGCACUCUCAGUGUCAUCGAAAAAAGCUUUCCCAAUUCAUUGUCCAUGGAGCAGCUCCAGACUUUAUACAUAAUGACAUCACAAAUUACAGUUCUAGUACUCUAGCUCUUGGAUUUGGGAGAGAGUUGUUAGUAUUUACUAAUAUUUUUGGACUGUUUUAGACCAUAAAAGGAGAACUAUGCCCAUAGUUCUCCUUUAAUUGUGCGGCUCUGCUAGACUUUCAAAAAUGUAAUCAGAUCAAAUGAAUCAAAUCUUGUUAGUAAAACGAAUCAUUUUGUGGGGAUUGUGAUGCUCAUAAAAUGUAUCCGCUGAUUUACAGACGACUCUUUCACAAUUUAAGUCUAUAGAAAAAAGUCUUUUUUGGGCCCCAUGGCAUCAUGUGAUGGACCAGGACGGCGUAGUUACAGUUUUAACCACUAUGUUAAUGCUUUGCUUUAAAGCCCAGCUCUCUUCUUGGGGGCUUGGCUGGUUGGCAUUUUGUUACCAUUGCAAAGAGCCAGCCUAGCUGUUUCCCCAUUUCCAGCAUAGAUUUUAAUAAUAACUAGAUACCGGACAUCAGGAUGGCGCCUAUUCAAUCCAAUUGAGUUGCUCACCUGGCGCAUAUGCCUAAAAAGUUUUCUAGCUUCUGGGUUUAUUUCCAGGGUAUGCAGCUCACUGAAUAUGUGCAGUAGUGUUUCUCUCACUGACCCUGCCUGCAAGCUCAUAGACUUUACAUUGUGAUGACAUCACUGAUUUUAAAUAGCUUUUCUCAGCUUGGGGAAGGUUUUACAUAUAUAAAACCACUAUGGCUCUAAAAUGUAUGAUAGAAAGAAUCAUAAUUGACCUUGUUUGCAGUUCGAGGUGUCCUGUGGUUAGUUUUACGGACGUGUCUUUUACAAUGGUGGUGUAUGGGGAAAAUGCUUUCAAGGCCAUAGAGGAUUUUUUUUGUUGCAGUACCGUGAGUGGCCACUGGGAAAAAUUUGCACCAAGGGGGCCUGGUUUGUGUCUGUGUGCUAAAAUAAGCUAAGCUAACUAUCUGCUAGUGCUAGCAUCAUCAUUUUUUGCAUACACACGAGAGUGGUAUCAAUCCUCUCAUUUAUCUCAUGGCAACAGCACAAAGGCGUAUUCAAAAAAAUGUUAAAUUAAUAUUUUUCUGAUUAUGGUUGUUCUAAGCCUAUUAAAAAUAUUAGGUUGUAUUGCAUUGCCAUUCUCCUUUUGAAGACUAAAUCCACACUUCAUCAGGUUAACUUUUAAAUCAGCUUCGUAGCUUAUACAUUAUACAUGCAUGCCCAUAUACAGAGGUAAAACCCUGUGUUCACUCUUGCGUCUCCGUUUCUGCUCUGUCCUCAAAUGUGUUUUUGUUUUUUUUUUCUGGGCGCGAUCUGCUGUCUCCUGUGUAAUUUUCCUGCUUCUGUGGCUCUAUCGGUGGCUGCAGGGGACUGAAGCGGGGUCCAUGUGCAGCCAGCUUGUGCUGUGUGCUGGGACCAUAGCUGCUGUGCUCAGCCUGUGGACUGUGAAGGACGAGGAGAGCCAGUGCAGGUCUAGGAGGGAUUUAACUGUCAGCCACAAGGGGCAUGAUUGAUGGAGGGCCCUGUGUAAUUAAAACACCACUGCGACUCUCUUUCUGUGACCGUCGUCGGUGGCUUCAGCCUCUUCAGGUAGCAGCAGAACAGCCCAUUAAAGACCCACCGUCUCCAGCCCCUUGGGCUACGGUUUUAGACAUGUGUUCACACCUGCUGGGAUGUGGUGGCACAGGAGAUAUAAUGAUUGUAUUCACAUCCAUUCUUGGAGCAUGGUAACUCAAGACUCAUUUUCGUUGGCCUUGAUGUCUUGACUUCCCUGAAAGGAAAGAAAAAGCCUUCCCCAGGCCUCCAUCUUAAAUGGAUUUUUAAUUAAAUUGAUGAUGUGAGACCAACAAACUCACACUAAUGGUUGGCUGUGCUCCCUGUGGUCCUAAUGUGCCGGGCCUGUAUUCGCAAUUUCCAAAUGAUUAUUCGCUGCUUGAUUUAUGUUGCUUCCUUUGAAUUCAUUUUUAAAUCAGUUCACAGUAGUUUUACAGCAACUAAACACAACAAACAUGCUGUCGCAGAGGAACGAAGGAGCAGCCGACAAGGUCAGCCUGACAUUCCGGUCUGACCAAUUUUUACAGAUGGAGCCGCGGGGAACCAAAGACAACUGCGUUCAUAAACAACACCCUCGUGCCAAAUCUGUGUCUUGUAAACACAAUCUCCCACCUGACCAGUGCACCACAGCGGGAGGUGGGAGAACAAGAACACAAACACAAAUGUUCACACACACACACACACACACUCACACACACACAGGUAACCUGUCUCACUAGCCUUGUACGGUCUCUUUAUUGGCUACAUUGAGCUGAGCCCCUUACCUCAGUCUUGACCUUAUUCUAACCUUGCAGAAUUAAGCUGGCGUUAUUCUAUAGUGUUCUUUUUGUCAAGAAACAUAAUGAAAAAAUAAAAGCCUACAGUGAAGGAGUCCAUCUCUCAAUACUGUAUAAAUUCCCUUCUCUGUCUGUGGCAAUGUGAAGAUGUGAAUCCUUUUUAAAAAUAGGUCACAAAUAUAUUCUUUUAUUCUUUUAAAAAAAUACAGUACUAAGUAAUUUCUUAAAACAGCUGGGCAAUGUAGUUUUUUAGCAAACUUUACUCAAGGGGGAUUUUAAAGCUUGUUUGCAAUCACAUGACUGUAUGACGCACGGAAUUCAGAUGGAGGGCAGGAAGUGAUAAAUCCAUGAAUGCUGAAUUGGAAAUCGAAGGAAGUGACUAAAACGAUUGGAUGAACCUUCAGGCAGCAGGCACUGUCAGAUACUGGAAACUCAUGUUGGGUGUGAUCCAUACAAAAUGAAGAAAAGUGAUUUUUCCCACAACUUUCUGUGGACAUGAUCAUCCUUAUAAAUUACCUCAACCUGCUGACAUUACUGACGUUACACUGCGAGCCAAGGAAAGCGUGCUAGAAUCUAGUGGACUAUAACUGUGGGUCCAUGACUGAAACGACUGCCAUCUUGUUUCUGUGUGCUUGAGUAUAACUGUCUUUUAUAUUUCAACCUUGUACAUAGAUGCACCAUUGUCAGGCUAAUGUUACUAGGUAACGUUAGCUAACUUUCGCUACUAUUUUCUACCCACUAGGUCGACCAUUCCCAGAGGUCUCACAUCGUAAUUGCAUCCAACUAACACAACGUUGUAAUGUUAAUAUCUGUCGUUUGCUGACUCCACUCCUCCCGAAUGUAGACGGAGGGUUAUUUUUGUUUUUCUUUUUUUUACCUGUCCCCUUUACAUCCUCUUAUUUUCGGGACUUAAAGUGGCCUGGAACUGCCGUAAACAGCGCAGAUCAUAGGCAUUUGAGUAAUGUUGGUAGUCUUUGCCUCCAGUUGCCUGCCCUCCAUCUGGAUAGAGCACCAAUGUAUGAAGUCAUUUGCAAAGAAGCUGUAGAGCAUUUGUUGGGGACUACUUCCUGCAGUGGAUUAACAUUAACAAACACAAUUUUGCUCCAGUGAGCAUUUACAACAGCAGGAAAGUGUACAUGGGUUUGAUUCAAAA